CCCACCGAAUGGGAAUCACACUUGUAUUAAAAUAGGGUCUUAGAUGUACUGCCCCAUGCUCAAACUUCUAAGCAGCCCCAACAACUAGUCAACAGGUCAGGAGCAGGUCACAUGACCAGUGUCAGGUGAUAUGGUGUGAGACAGUUACAAGUGGGUGACCAACUGUCAGAGGGAGCUGUGAGGUGAUGGUGCUGAAGGAAGGGGCUGCGCUGUCUGUGUGUCCUGGCAGUGUUGACAGGCUACUUUACCAUCCAGUGAAGCCUUGGACAGUAAAGUAAAGUUAUUAUUUGCUUCUCUCUAUAAAACCUCUGUGGGCCUCUGGUGACAGUGAGGGAAGGAGCAGUGCAGGGCCGGCGAAGCAGUCAUGUUCUGGUGAUGACAUUCUGGAGGAGCAGUCCACUCCAGAUUGCAAGCCGCGUGCGAAGCCCUCACAACAGCCCCAGCAUAGAGAGAGACUGAGAGAGGCGGUCCAUGAGGUGGCGUUGGACUCGCAUAUAAGGUGCAAGCGACAAAUUACAGCUGUAAGCAACUGGAGAGGUAUACUGAGCACACCAUUGACACAGUCCCACUGUACCUCCGUGUAGGAGCACUAUUAAUCCAGCUAAAUCACCUUUAACUUGUAUCAAUAAGUGCACUUAUUACAGAGACUUAAAUUAGAACAGCUAGUACAAACACUGCAGUGUAUAAAAAUAAUACGGUGCACCCAUGUCAUGUCACAGCACAGGGACAGCGGCAGCCGUCAGUCUUCAUAGGGAGAUUAUCGUAAACGCUUAGUUUACCGCCAUCUGCAUUUCUGCCAAUAAUCAUAAUUUCUGCAGGAACUCACUAUAACAGCAAUUAUUCAAUCAGUUUACUGUGUCUUAAUAACUUGGAUAAUUAAGCUAUCACUUACGGCCAAUAAAAACAGGAGUCUAACAUUAAAUAAUCUCUUCGUAAAUGGCAGAAUUAACAAGAGAGAAUAUUCCUAUGCCACAAAAGGAUUACAAAUAGUUCUUACAACAGUGUAACUAUUAUCUGCAGAUAAGAAAGGAAGGACUUCAAGCAUUAAUAAGUAAUAAUGUUAACAAGAGUCCUCAUGUAUCACAUGAAAUAUUCUAUCUGACACUAGGAAAGUGUACCCAAAUGUACUGUAUUGCACAGACAGACUUGAGGACAAUUGUAUAAACUGCAGAAAACAGUAUAGUAUUUGUGCAAAAUUGAAGUCCAUUUUCUGAAGUGAUACUAUUGCAUAUAUUCACAAAGUUCUACAAAUGUUUAUAUUCAUGGUUACAGAUGCUCAGUAUGAUCUAAUGAGUUAAAUUUGGGUACCUGCUUAUCGAUAGUAGAAAGGAGUCAGUACGACUAGGAGCAGUUUUAUAAAAGAGUGUAUUAGCUUUUGAGUGAAAUACAUUGUCACUAUUGGAAACUGAUGUAUUGCAUUGUAAACUGUUUUUGUGAACUAAUGUUUUGCUCAAUUUGCACAAAAGUUCAUUAUCAUAAUUGGUGUUCUAAUAAAUUGACACUUAGAGGCAAAUAAAUAAAAAGAAAUAGUUUAUUCUGUCACAGUCAUCAUUCUCACCUCUCUGCAAAGAAUUGGACACAGGGAAGUCCUAAGAAAGGAACAAGGUAACAUCAAUAAUACGUACCUGGGUGUCACAAUUGGCGUCGCACGAACAGGAUACGAACACAACAUGUCAUCUGAUGAACAAGCUACAGGGGCGUCAAAUACUCAUUCAACAAUGGCCAGCAUAAAUCCAAUUACAUUUCCCUAUUACUUUGGGGCCCAAUGGCUUCCAACAUAUAAUGGAGAUGUCGAAGGUUCGGAAGGGAACACCUUAACAAACUUUAAAAACAAAAUGAAAUCAAUGUUCCGCUUAUACCCACUGAGUAAACAACAGCAAGUGGAGAUCCUGAUAGGGCAACUGAAAGGCACAGCUCUGAGAGAGGUGACUUCCUGGCCAGCUGAAGAAAGACAAACUGUAGGCCUCAUCCUGAACCGAUUAGCUACCACAUUUGACAAGAGAAAUUUGUCUCAACUUAAGUUGGUCUUUUACUCAAGAAAGCAGCAGAAAGGAGAAACACUGCGUGACUUUGCACUCAGUUUACAUGAGUCACUUCGAGCACUACAGGCCAUUGAUCCAGCAGAAAUUCGACCAACAGAUGAAAUAUUGAUUAAUCAGUUUAUAGAGGGUUCCCAUGGUGAGAUAGUGAAGGCGUAUUUACGCCUCCUUCAGCUACAGUUACCAACUAGUUCAUUUUUAUGUUUCAAAGAAGCUGCCAUUAAAGUGGUAGGUACAUUACAGAGGCAAGAAAUGUCCUGUCCUGAUAUGUUGGGGUACAAAGAGAAGAAAUACCCUCCAGAGAGCACAAUGCAGGAAAUCAUAGAUCUGCACACACAGGAAGAAGCUGCUGUACAGGGUGCUCAAACGUCAAGGACUGAUCUAUUAAGUAUGAUAGGGGUUCAAGUCGCUGAACUAACCCAUGGAAUAACUGAAAUGUCACAACAAUUGUUGUAUUUCAUGCAGCAACAAGAAAAGUGUAGAGGAGAGACAAACUGGAGCAUUGAUGAAGGACAGCCCAGUGAUGUAAAGCUUCAUCCUGUUGUCCAGAAUGAUAUUGAAGUUGUUGCAAUGCCGGCUAGAGAUUCAGAGUCUGAAGUUAGUGAAAGAAAAGUUAUGGGGAAAGUUGUUUGGUUUAAUGUGCAAUAUGGCUAUGGCUUUAUAAAUCGGCAUGACACCAAGGAAAAAUUAUUUGUACAUUAUACUGCCAUAAAGAAGAACAACCCCAAUAAGUAUUUCCGAAGCCUGGAUAGAGGAGAAACAGUUGAGUUUGAUGUUGUGAAUGGAGAAAAAGGUCUGCAGGCAGCUAAUGUAACUGGUCCUGGUGGUGUUCCAGUGCAAGGCAGCAAACAUGCAGCAAAUCACCAGCAUUAUUGGCACUAUUCACAUCGCAAAGGUCCUCUCCGUGACUAUCAGCAAAACCAUCAAUACAGUAAAGUUGGAGAGGAGCGUGAAGAAGCAGAAAAUGUGUCAGAAAAUGCAAAUCAACCACAGCCUGAUUGGAUGAGUCACUACCCACAAUACUGUCCAAGGAGACCAUAUGGACGCAGACAACAAUCUCCUGAUGUUCAAAGUCAGAGUGAAUUAUUGCAAAGAACAGCUGAUCAUGAUUUUGAAGAACAAAGAAAAUGGAUACAUCAAAACCUGCAAAACGUUAUCAGACCACAAUUUCCUCAAGAGCCACUAUAUCAGGGUAGACCCAGAAUGGAUGACACCCAUUCAAUUGCGGUCCGCCAAUGUCAAUCAAGGGUGUGUGCUACAGAUUGUCCGGAAGAUACUGAAAGAGUUACCGACUCAGCCAUAGCAGAGAGGUUGGGGUUCCCUGAACAUAAUUGCCUGGAUUCUGUCAUGCAAAGGUUGAAUUCUACUCUUCCAGAGGAAUCAUAUAAUGUAGUGAAAGAGCCCUCGAUUUCUGUUCCUUCAGAGCAUAAAUUCACAAACAAUGAAUAUACUGACCUGAGCUCCAGUGAGAUAGCAUUAAUUAUGCAGUAGGUUUUGAGAAAAUCAGUAAGGAGGAACAUACAGUAGGUGCUCCAUUUAUUCAGCAUAGAUAUUAGUCUGAGAAUAGAUGUUUAGAAAAGGUAUUGUUCUUAUAAAUAUCAGAUGUACGUAUGUUCUUACCUCAUGUUCAAAAGUUGAAUAGCUAAAUUGUUUUCCUUGUACAAAAAUGUGAGAUUGUUCUUUAUUGGACUUUAAAUAUUGCCUGUUGCGUGAGGACACGCAAAAUUCAAGUGGGGUUGUAUGUGAUACCCACCGAAUGGGAAUCACACUUGUAUUAAAAUAGGGUCUUAGAUGUACUGCCCCAUGCUCAAACUUCUAAGCAGCCCCAACAACUAGUCAACAGGUCAGGAGCAGGUCACAUGACCAGUGUCAGGUGAUAUGGUGUGAGACAGUUACAAGUGGGUGACCAACUGUCAGAGGGAGCUGUGAGGUGAUGGUGCUGAAGGAAGGGGCUGCGCUGUCUGUGUGUCCUGGCAGUGUUGACAGGCUACUUUACCAUCCAGUGAAGCCUUGGACAGUAAAGUAAAGUUAUUAUUUGCUUCUCUCUAUAAAACCUCUGUGGGCCUCUGGUGACAGUGAGGGAAGGAGCAGUGCAGGGCCGGCGAAGCAGUCAUGUUCUGGUGAUGACAUUCUGGAGGAGCAGUCCACUCCAGAUUGCAAGCCGCGUGCGAAGCCCUCACAACAGCCCCAGCAUAGAGAGAGACUGAGAGAGGCGGUCCAUGAGGUGGCGUUGGACUCGCAUAUAAGGUGCAAGCGACAAAUUACAGCUGUAAGCAACUGGAGAGUAACACAAACAUCUAAAGAGACUAAAAUAGACAGACGUGUUCAGUGUUCCAGGGAGGAGCUUAAACUGAUUGUACCUGGAGGGACUAUAGACAGACCUGUGUACACCUUGAAAAAAAUCCAUUUGACACCAGUAAUGGUAACAAUGGCACCAUAUUAUACAGCUAAACAGGCACAAUUGCUAGCACUAUACAGUGGAUAUAGGAUCCCAUUCUGCUGGAAGACACAUGCAGGCUAUCAGUAACUGGAGCUUAGAAAGUAGACCUUAAAGUAGGAGCAAGAUGAGGAUAACAUUGAUUGACAUAUGGUGGAGGAUCAAAGAGAAAACAAUUGCAGAUGUCCCAGGUGGAUGAAGACCUCAUCAAAUGAUUUAGAAGCUGAGAAAGGACGAGUACAGUUCUAUAGAAGACAGAGGGAAAUUCCUAUGUAUCCACAAAAAUGUCCCACACUUCUGCAAAUGAACAAUCCUAAGGACGCGGGUGUCCUGUCUGUUUUCUCUCUCACCCUCUCAUGUCACAGACACUGCAUUCACUGUAUUCAUAGUUACGGUAUUUCAUAGGACUACUGUCAAAGAGGAUCCUAUUUGGCACUAUUUAUUACAUGCUGUGUGACCUCAUUUUUAACAUCUACAGUAUUUUGCUACAUUACAUGUGCAUGUGUAAUACACUCGUGUGCCAGAAUAACUGAGACAGAAGCUUCCAUUCCUAGUACAUGUCACCACACUCCCACAUUAAAUGGCAUUUUCCGCAA